UGAUGGUGAAACGAGCGUUGCUUCAUCGAACGCAGCUAAAGAAAACAACAUCUAUGUAGUUGGUGGUACGAUGCCUGAAAUAGAGGGCGAUAAAUUGUACAAUACCUGUACUAUUUGGGGUCCCGAUGGAACUUUGAUAGCAAAACACCGAAAGGUACAUCUAUUCGACAUCGACAUUCCUAAUAAGAUUACUUUUCGAGAGAGUGAUUCACUCAGUCCUGGUAACUCCCUAACGACGUUCGACGUGAAGGGCUGCAAAAUAGGUAUUGGCAUUUGCUAUGAUAUUAGAUUCGAGGAAAUGGCACGCAUUUAUCGUAACAAAGGUUGCCAAAUGCUGAUAUAUCCAGCGGCAUUCAAUAUGGCCACUGGACCACUGCACUGGUCCUUACUUCAGCGUUCCAGAGCGAAUGAUAAUCAAUUAUACGUUGCCUGCAUAUCACCGGCUCGUGUUCCUUCAGCAAGUUACGUCGCAUGGGGGCAUACACAGUUGACCAAUCCCUGGGGAAAGAUUCUUUACGAUUUGGAAACUCAAGAGAAUAUGGCAGUCACCGAUAUCAAAAAAAAAAAAAAAAAAAAAAAAAAAAAUAUGAGGCAUACUAUAUAAGAUUGUCAUCGAUUUAAAAUCAAAGUAUGAAAAGGAUACCCUGGAGAGAGUAAAACACAGAAUCAUUCCAACUAAACAUUCAGAUCGUACCGACACCUAGCUUCAACAUCUUCAAUAUCGAGGAGAUUCAAACUUUACAAAUAAAUGUAAAUUGCGAUGUAAAACAAAGCGAUGUAAAAAGGGAAAAAGGAG